AUGGACCCUCAAAUAGGAGGAAAAACACCAACUAAUCAAACAACGACAACAUCCACCACAGCAACGAAAACGACGACAGAAACGAAAACAACCCCAAAACCAAAACAAGAAAAGGAUCCAGAUAAAAAACCGCCUGGAAGAACUAUCUCGAUUAUCAUUGGAAUUCUGGUUUUAGUGAUAAUUCUCAUAGCAGGCGGUGCUAUGUUUGGACUUAUCCUAACUCAAUCCAAAAUCGAUGAGUCUCCCAAGAAAUUGUUCGAACAACACAAAGAAGGUAUGAUUAUUUAUUCUGGAAAAUAGCACCAAUUCGAAUGAUUUAUUUUUUCAGAUACAAUCGAAUCUGUCGACAAAGCUGUUCAAGUUGUUCAAACCUUUCCGGAUUUAUUGGGUGAUUUUUCACUCGAAGAUUUGUCGCCAGAAUUAUUCGAAUUGAUUCGCAAAGAACUCAACAUUGCAGAUUUGGUAUGUUUUUCGAUAGUUUCUACUGAAACAAGUGAUUAUAUUCAAUAAUUACAGAAGGAAUUGGCCAUUUACAAGAAAUCUCAACAUCUCUCAUAUGAAUCUGUUUAUACUGAAAUUGCAUCGGCCUGUCCACCCCUACCUUCUAUAUCCAAACUAGAUGAUUUUCUCUACUUGUUGAAUAACGGAACACAGACGCAAAGAGAGCAACUGAAAAAGAUUAUCGAUCCAAUUAUCACUUAUGAAACCUCGUUCAAUGCCACUUUAAAAAGCGAAUCAGAAAAACCGGGAAGAUUUUCGAAAAACAGAAUUUUGGUGUAUUCUGAAGAUAUUAUAACAAUGCUUCAUGAUUACAAAAAGACAACUGUAACUCGAGAUGAUUCAUUCAUUAAAUCAUACGAAGAUCAAGUUGCUUCUCGAAAUUUCGCCGAUUUUGCACAUUUGAUAAUGACCAUCAUAUUGUAUUCGAUUGAUUUGAUCAUUUUUAUCGCCAUCGUCACUUUUUUCAUCUUGUAUCAAAAAGGCAAAAUAACAAUUGAAACUUUGAAAAAAUAUUCAUUGAUUAUUUUAAUUAUUUCUUUGGUAUUUGCCUUCGGUUUUUUGAUUUAUUCGAUUUUGGGAGCAGUUAAUUUAUCACCAUUUGGUUAUGAAUGUAAAUUGUCCAGCGAUUCUCAAAAUGCGGACAAGACAUUCACUAACUUCGAUGGAAAAGUGACUACUGUUGGGUUUGAUAGCUGUGAAAAAGACGCGUCGAUUUUCUCGAAAACUGCUCCACAUUUGAAUGUCGACAACAUCAAAACUAGUUUGGAUGGUUUCGAAAAGGAUGUCACCAAUUUUGCUGCAAAUCUUCAAUUCAAACACGGAGUGAAUAUUGACGAAAUAUCCGAUAAAACUAGAGAAUUGAAAAAGCAAAGUCAAGAACUGUCAAUAUAUGCAAACAAUAAAAACUGUUUGGGGAGUAAUGGGAAGACGAAUAUUGGUUUGAUGAUUGGAGCUUGUAACAAUAUCACAAUUGAAUUGGACACCUUGGAAAAACGCUCGGAACAAUUACCCAACAUUGAUUUGAAGCCAAAACUAUCUGUCCUCAUUCAAAACUCCUUCGACAAAUUGAGAAGUGUUGCGAAAACCGCAGUGGAUUCAAUGAAUGUAAGUGAUUUAUCUAGUAUAAAGAAAUUGAAUGUAAAUUUGAUUUGAUUUCAGUCAAAACUCGAUUCAAACGACAUUCCAUGUCAUCAAGAAGUUCCGACCGAAACAUGCGAUGACUAUUGGAUUUAUUCAUUGAAAAUUAACAUUGUUGGUUGGAUCAUGUUCAUUGUGUUUGUUUUGAAUGCGCUACUCGCAAAGUUGCUCUACUGGAUUCCUGCAAAACAAAUUCGGCGUGAGAAAGAAAUUCAUGAUCAAGUGGAAGACGAGAAAAACCGCUGCAUUAGGAACCAAAACAUUGAAAUUGGUGUCUUAAGGAAGGACGCAAGAGUACGUUUGUAGAGAAUUUUCACAAAACGGUUUAACCGUAAUUUUUUAUGGAUAUUCAUUUUUUCAGAAUUUUCUUGAUGGAAUAGAGCAACUCGAAACAGAGGCGGAUAAACUCAAAAGACAAUUGAAUGUGAGACUUUUUAUUGGAUUUUUUUUCAAAAUCGAAAUUUUAUUUUUAUAGGAGGAGAAAGAGGAAAGGGAAGCUGAAAAAGUCAAAAGAGAGAAUGCGGAAGAACGAGCUCGAAAGGCUGAGGAAAUUAAUAAAGUAAGCAUAUUCGGGAUUUUUCUGGCAAUUUUAAGAUUUGAAUGGGGAAAAAUUUUAGAAAUUUUUUUUGAAAGUUUUUGAACAUUGUUUUUUUUCAGAAUCUCAGAAAAAAAGGAAAACGUGGAGAGAAAGCAGAAAGAGGUGGAGCUCGACGACCAAAAAGAGACAAAAAAGAAAAAGGAAAAAUUCGACGAGUUCAAAGAGGUAGAAAUUCAAGGAGAGUGGAAAUUCAACAAUUGGCUCCACAAGUUGCUGUUGAUGCUGAAGUUGGCUCUAAUGACCAAAAUUCCGGUCCAAUUCAAGAAGGAAACGACGAAAAUCCGGAGGUGAAUGCAGUGGAUACACCAUUAAUGCAUUUUUGA